AUGAAGGUCUUUGUGGUUUUGCUUUUGGCAAUGACUUCCGCCUCCGCUUUAAUCCUGCCCAAGAUGGCGCCUGUGCAUCCUCGCAACAGGAUCGUAGCUCCUUCGAUCGAGGGUCGGAUCACCAAUGGAAAGGAUGCGGUGGCUAACCAGUUUCCCUACCAGGUGGGACUCAGCUUCCUGGGCUCGAAGGGCAGCUGGUGGUGCGGUGGAUCCAUCAUCGAUAACCAGUGGGUUUUGACCGCUGCGCACUGCACCAGCGGUGCCUCCUAUGUGACCAUUUAUUAUGGAGCCACUGUCCGCACCAGUCCGCAGUUCACCCACACUGUGUCCAGCUCCAACUGGAUCCAGCAUGCCAACUACAUCUCCCUGACUGUCCGCAAUGACAUCUCCCUGAUCAAGACCCCGAACGUGUCCUUCUCCGCCGCUGUGAACAAGAUUGCUCUUCCUGCCAUCGCCAGUAGCUAUUCCACCUACGUGGGACAGACUGCCGUUGCUUCUGGUUGGGGAAUGACCUCCGAUGUGGAGACUUCUGUGACCAAGAAUCUGCAAUAUGCCGAUCUGACCAUCAUACCCAACUCUGUGUGCCAGCAGACCUUUGGUAGCCUGGUAGUCACCAGCAAGGUCAUUUGCGUGGACACUACCAAUGCCAUCUCCACCUGUCAGGGUGAUUCUGGUGGCCCCUUGGCUCUGGAUGGAACUCUUGUUGGUAUCACUUCCUUUGGAGCUGAGGAUGGCUGUGAGAUUGGGGCUCCUGCUGCCUUUACCCGAGUCACCAGUUACUUGGACUGGAUACAGAGCAAUUCUGGUAUUUCUGCUUAA